UGGGGUGGGCGCUGGCACGGAUGGGGCGCCGGAGGAGGGGUCGUGUGUGCCCGGCCGGGGCUCGGCUCCGCGCCGCUCCCGCAGCCGCGGGUGGGGAGCGCGGAGGCGGCGGCGCUGGGGCGGCCGCGUCCCGCGGGGCGCUCGGCGUGCCCGAGCCGCGCUGCGGGAGCGCGUCCCGGCUGAGGUGGGGUAGAAGCCGCCCGCAUCCUGCUCCUGGCUCCCGCGGGGCGGGCGGCCGGGGGAAGCAUGAGAGUAAAGCAAUAUAAAUGUGCGUCUUCAGUUUUGUGUGUGAGGAGGAUAGGGUUGAAAUCAUUAAGUAGAUUAGCUGUAUAAACUCUCAAUGUCCUGUUUUCUACAACCAAUUAGUUAUAAUAAAUAACUAAUAUGAAAAGAUCUCUCUAAUAGCAGAGAUAAUGGGAGCAUGCGUUAGGAUGCUGUAAAGCAGGAGUAGGGUUUUGUUGUUUUUGGAUGGAGUGUCCUUGCUAUUUUUGAUGGAGCACUCCUCUGUCUGCCAGUGGAUUUCUGCAUGCUACUUCAGUCUGGGGUAAACUGGGAUAGCUGUAGAUGUUGAUAAUUUUCUGGAUUUAGUCUUCUACUGUGACAGAGAAACUGGCUUCUCAGGUGAUGAUAUCUGAAGUCUAAUGUCCAUUAUAUGCUGACACUUGAUGGUUCCAGUGCAGUGAGCCGUAAGACAAAUGCAGGUGUUGCUAACAUAGACAGAUGUCCUCAGGUGGACUUCUCUGUAAAAAGGUUUUACCUCUCAAAAAUGUUGAGGCUGGUUACUCAAAGGUUUGUUUACACAUUCACUGAUAAGGCUGAUAAUUUUAUUAUUUUGAGAGUUAGGAAUUUUUAAAUCUUUUCCGAAUUAAACUAGCUUGGCUUGAGAGGGAAUAUUUGUUUCUUCAGAAGUCUUUUGUAACUUUCAUAAACAAGGCUGCCCAAAAGUAACCAAAUCUGAGAGCAUGAAGGCACACAGUAUGCUAAAGAAUGGCCAUAGGUAUGCUCUAGGAAGGCAACAUUUCUGUAAAUAGACAAAAUUAAAGAUGGAGAUUCAAUUAGAGAAAAUUAAUUAUGAAGAUAUGUGUUCUAGUUUGCUGUGAAGACUUGACAGGCAACUGUCAAGUCCUUAAACUGAAAGGAUGACAUUGUGUCUGAUAGUGAUGUCCUAGGCAAUUAUAAUACUAGCAGGUCUUUGUGUCAGCUUCCAUUAGGACCUUCCUGGAAAUAGGUGAGGCUGGAGACAUUAAUUGUAAUCCAAGGAAAAUCUUUCCAGCUGAGCACUCUCUAAGGGGGUCGUCCACCACAUCUGUUCAAAGAAUCACUGCAGUUGCAUCCAGCACAAUGUUUCUUGAAGCACAAUCAGCUUUUCAAAAUUCCCUGGAUGGUGUGAGGAUGUGGUAACAUCUGAAGCAGAAAUUUUUAUUAAUAGUAGGUUUGUUUUGGAAGAAGGACAACCAAAUGGUAGCAAAGGUGAGGAGGAUGAGAGUGCUAAAUCAAUGUCAGGUGAGUCAUCAGAAUAGAGGCUUAACUAGCAAAACCAUGAUUUGGUGCACAGGAAAGCUCAGUAUAAAAUUGAGUGAAUUUUUGUGAAGGUAAAGGUGAGUGUCUAAUCUGCUAUAUGCCUUGUACAAUGCUGCUAAGUAGCUCUACACAGUCUAUUUUCUCAUUGAGAAGAACAUUACUUGUUAAACUGCCUGCAGACUGCGGACCAGUAGCUGCUAUAGAUGUAUUUCUUCUUGCUCAAGGCCUCUAUUUCUCAAGCAGACAUGAGAAGAAACGCUCUAAGCAGGUAAUUAUAAUGUAUUGAAAGUGUAGAUUUUUGUCUCUGUGGGAAAGCAAAUAAAUGCACUUAAUAUCAAGGAAGGGUGAAUCCAGUGUGGAUGUUCAGAAAUCAAAGUAGAAAAGCCAUAGCUUGAGAUAUGAUGUAAGAGUGCACCAAUAUACUAUAGUUGUUGGGUAUUGUUGCCAAAGCUGCUGAUUUUUUUUCUCUCUCAUUGAUGCUCUCCUUUCCUUGUAAACCUCACACUUUUAGGAAAUUUGUGUGACCAGCUGGUCUAACCCUGGGAAUGCUUGUGGAUUUUAUUUGGCAAGGAUAGCAAUAUGUGACCACUACAGAAGCAUGAAUUUGCUGUACAAAGCAAUAAAUUCCACAUCUAGAGAAAGCCAGCUUGAUCUGGUAACAGGACUGAUUCUGCUUGCUGGCAAGAUUCUCUCAAAAGAGGUGUUGAAGCAGCAUGAAGGUAACUUGUAACCUGCAAAGAUUUUGGAGAAAAACUUUAGAUCUUGCAUGCAGACAAAUGGAUUGUUAGUAGAAUCAAGAUGAUACCACUGGGAUCAGGGAUUGUCAAGAGGUCUUAAUGAGCUUCUGCUGUGAAACACAAACAGGGAUAAGCCACUGCUGGCUACCUCAGCAUGGACUCCAGAGAAGUACAACUUCAGGUUGUGUUAAAGAGAUCAAAUCAAAUAAGCUGUCUGAGGAUUGUAACUGAGAAGAAAAACUGGCAUUAGAAACCUGAUUCUGAGGCUGUGCUAGGAUAAGGGUCUCAGGGUUAUAAAGAAGCUGGAUGAAGCAUGGUAUCAGGCCUAGUCAAUAAACAAGAGGUACCAGUUUCAACAAGAUUAUCUUGUUUAUACAAGCUGGGCAGUUGAGUGCUGAACAAAGCAUCUUCUCCCAUCCAGGUCUUCUCAGCUGUGGCUGAUGAAGACAUAGACCAUUCUAGUCUCUCCUCAUCUGUAAGACUAUGCCUUGCAUAUGCUCUGGAGUGCUUGAGGAUGAAGUGUCUCAGCUGAAAUGCCCCGUAGAUCUUUGCCCAUAAUUAUCUGUGUGAUUUUAAAAUUAAUUUUUAAAGUUUUUAAUAUAGUUUCAUAUCUGGUGCAUGUCCCCUUAAAUCUAAAAACUCAGACAUUACAGGGCCAGUUAAGGACAAAUUAUUGGCCUUGGAGCUGAAUUUCCUGCUGUUCUGUCAGUUCAUGUUGCAUUCUCAAGCAGUAAGAUGAGGAUUAUCUCUUCCGCAGAAAAAGUAGGUCUAAGAGACAGGAUAAUGGACUUUCACCUUGACAGUCAGGAGGCUUCAGCUAGGAAGUUGUGCCUCUAGCAAAGUUUAUUCAAAUCCUAAUGCUGAUGUGCCACACAUCUAAUAAUUUUAGCCCCAUGGCUAAUAUGCCUAUGGAUGAAACUUUCCUCUUAGGAAGGGGCAAAAGAAGUUGGGAGCACUAAGGAUGCCAUUUUAAUAUUACAACCUGUUUUUCUACCUUACAGGUCUCUUCUGUGCCCUGUCAGAAUAUGGUCAUUUGUGCUUUGAGGCAAGGGACAAAGGUCACUGUAUGAGUAAGGACUAGUUUUCUAGUAGCCUGAAUCACAGAUCUGGCUGCAAACAAUGGCUAUCCUGGUUGAUGGAAGCCUACAGUGAACGUAACUGGCCGAAGUCCCAUCAUGUCUACUGAAGCUGAAACUACUGGUACCAACAGCCAGCCUGAACAACAGGCUCCACCAAAGGCGCAAUCUUCAAAGAAGGAAAAAAAGAAAGGGCCAGAAAAAACAGAUGAAUCUCUCUUGGCUAGAUUCAAAGGUGAUGGUGUAAAAUACAAGGCUAAACUGAUUGGCAUAGAUGAUGUUCCUGAGGCAAGAGGAGACAAAAUGAGUCAGGAUUCAAUGAUGAAGCUGAAGGGAAUGGCAGCAGCAGCCCGUUCCCAGGGCCAACACAAACAGAAGAUCUGGGUAAACAUCUCCCUCUCUGGUAUCAAGAUAAUGGACGAAAAAACUGGGGUCAUAGAGCAUGAGCAUCCAGUAAACAAAAUCUCCUUUAUUGCUCGGGAUGUAACAGACAAUCGUGCCUUUGGCUAUAUAUGUGGAGGAGAAGGCCAGCACCAAUUUUUUGCCAUAAAAACAGCCCAACAGGCUGAGCCUCUGGUUUCUGAUCUUAAGGACCUCUUCCAACUAAUUUAUAAUAUGAAGAAGAAGGAAGAAGAAGAAAAGAAAAAGAAUGACGGUGAAGAACUGCCUGCUGAUCAAGCUGAAAAAAUGAAACCGGGACUUGACCAGAUGGACUUGUUUGGGGAUAUGUCAACACCCCCUGAUAUGAGCAGUCCCACCGAAGCUAAAGAGAUUCUGUUAGUGGAUUUUAAUUCUGAAAUUGAGACCAAACAAACCUUUGCAAAAGAGGAUAUCUUCUUGAAUGGCAUCACAGGCUCUCUUCCACAACCAAAGGCACAGACACCCUUCUUGCCUGAGAGUUCUUUCUCUACCAAUCUCAGCUUCUUUCCUACACCUAAUCCAGACCCUUUCAGUGAUGAUCCUUUCACACAGCCAGCCCAAUCUGCACCACCUUCAUUUGAUUCUCUAAAAUCUGAUCAGACGAAAAGUCCAACUACCUUGACAUCAGGGGGUAAUGGUGAUCCAAAUGGUGAUAUUGACUACUUUGAUAAACAGUUUGACCAGAUUUCUAAUAGAACUGGCAAACGAGAAGCACUAACAUGCCAGUGGCCACUUGAGAAUAAGUCACCUGCAGCAAGAAUUCCCAAUGUGAUACCAGAGAGAGAAAGGAAUGGCUUUCCUGAAGCCCCAACAAACCUGUUUCUGGAAGGUGCUUCCAAAGGAACAUCUCUGCAAAAUGGAGUAAAACUGGAUUCUGAAAACAAUAUCCAACUCGCUCCACAUGAGCCUAUAACAAUUAGCCCACCACCACAGAGUACCAAGCCAGGAAGAGGAAGGAGAUCUGUCAAGACUGCAUCGGAUGAUUUGUUCAGCUCAGACUUCUUUGUGCCAUCUACGGAGAGCCUGAGUUUGAGCUCAGGGGCACAGGCAGGAGCUUCACCGACUAAUCCAUUGGACCUCUUCAAAAGAAGUUCUACCACAACAUCUCCAUUGGCUGCACUAGGUGGCUUGCCAGUAACUUCAUCACCAUGGACCCCACAGACAGUUUCCUUCACUCAGGCUACAUCAGUCUUUCAUGGGUCAAUUAUGCCUGCUCAGUCUCCAGGAUUUACUCAACCACUUGCCUUUGGUACUCAAGCAGUGCAAGGCUGGAACCAGUCUACAUCUUUUGGUGCUGCACCCACUCAGUCUUCUGGUCUCUGGUCACAGCCAGCACAAGUUACACCCAGUUCUUGGGCACAGCCAACCAGUGCUGUGAAUCCCUUCCAGAGCAGCAUGUUCACAUCUCCAACACUACCAGCUCAGACAGCCUCAGCACUGCCCUCCAUGUCAACAACAGCUAGCCCACCUCAGCCGCCCCCCAGAACUACACUGCAGAAGGAGCUGUCCAAGAAAGAGAGUGAUGCAUUCAUUGCUCUGGAUCCACUUGGAGAUAAAGAAAUGAAGGAUGUGAAGGAAAUGUUCAAAGACUUCCAGCUGACAAAGCCACCUGCAGUACCAGCAAGGAGAGGAGAACAGCAAAGCCUUUCAGAAGCACCAAAGCCGGUUCCUCGACAAAGUGCAUUGCCAGCUGAAGGCCUGUUUGAAAGUCAAGAUAAAACAGACCCUUUCAGUGCCUCAUCUAAGGAAUCUCAGAAUCCGCCUUCUGGUCCUUUUGAUGAUCACUUUGGCAACCCGUUUGCAUAGAUCAGGCAUAACCAGAAAAGGACAAUUGGAAUAACUGGACCUCUUCUCUACGUGAUUUUUCUACAUGUUUCACUUUGCUGUCUGCUAUUCUUGCUGAUGUUUCAUGAUGUCUGCAGUCUAAAAUAUAUCCAGGUGGAUUGAAGCAUGGACCCUCAAAGAACAUGCUGUGAAGAUGAUAAUUCAGGGCAAAGCAAAUGGGGAUAUUGACUCACGCGGAAAACCCAAAUUCAAAUUGGUGGACGUUACCUUUACUUUAAUUCUUUGCACUCCUCUACAGAGAGGUUGGCACCACUGAGUAAAGUGUCUUGUACCACUUCCCCUUACAUAGCACUUACUGUCCCAAAAUAGAGGAACUUAAUGUACCUAUGGGAGAGGUGUUGUCUUCACAUAAGGGGGUAGAAUUAGUAGCUGAAACUCCACACCUUAAACAACUAGGUCAGUUGCUCAUUACGACAGCAGCAGCCAGUUGUAAAGUAAAGUGGAUGCUAUGGAGUUCUAAUUGGUGACUGGACAGAUGACUUGGUCUCAGCCACAAAAAUGUAGCUAUGGGUGAGGAAAAUAAUCUAAUAUUGGUCUAUUUAACUAAAAGUAAAAGUAUCAUUCCACCAUAAAUGUGUCAUUAAGGGACUGCGGAGUCUGUAACAGCACUGCUGAAGCCCUGAGUACUAGAGGCCUACACUGUAAGCUGAAAAACUUCUUGCAGAACAUUUAGGUAGCUGUGGACACUAACUGUUGUCUUGGUGCUAAUAUGGCAGUUUUCAGGGAGGGAAAACUACUAGGAUUACUUUCCUAUUAAGGUGGCUUGGCAAACAAGCAGGUAGGGUUCUUGCUUAUAUCUCUGUGAAUCCCUGAUGUGUUCACUUCGAUUUGUCACUUGGUGUAUUGGGGUAUUUUUCUAGCAUGCUAGAAAACAAAAACACCAAAAUGGCUUCACUCCAUGCCUAGGCUCCUUAUGAACAGAUGCACUACCUCUGUGCCAUUAAUGAGGCAAAAAAAUCAUCUAUUGGAAAACUUGCCUUUUCUCAAGAUCUUCUUACUAACAGGUUUUGGCACCAGUUACAACUGCCUGUGACAGCUACAUUCUUGGCCAGUGGUGAUGACUGAUGUGUCAGAAGUUUUUUUGUUAAUGUUAAGUAUACACUUGAAAUGUUAUUGUUAAAUGCCUAAGCCGUUGCCAAACUGGAGAGCUAAGAAAGUCAACGUGAAUACCGCCUUAGUACCCAAUUCAGCCAGUCAUGCAAUUAGUCUUGUAUACAAACAUCUCUUGCACUUUCUGUAAUGCAAAAAUUAUUUUAAAAAUGAAAAAAAAAAAGAAUCAUGACUUUAAGUAUUUGUCUCAAACUGGAAGUGUAGAAACUUAUUGAUGUUACACUGUUAUAUAAAACUGUAGUACCUGUUACUUAAUGGCAUUAAAAAGAAGCAACUCUUCAUACCAAAUGAACAUCAGUGUGGCUGUUAAUUCUGUCCUCUGUAACUCAGUCUUGUGGUCUAGUUGACAUUAGACGUUCAUUAGAAGAGCCUGCUGAGAACCACUCUUCACAGGCUCUGUAGCUCUCUGAUGGCAAAGUGUCUUUCUCUAACUUCUUGCACCUGUUCAACAAAUGCUUUGCCAUAUUAAAAAAUAAAAAUCUCAAACUGAUUUAGUAAAAACUGUCACUAGAACCUUGUCCCUUUGGCUGCUCUUGAGCCUGAGCUUGUUGCUGCUAAAGAUGCUUUCUUACUGCUUUCUGCAGGACUGUGGGAGCUGAGUACCUAAAUUGCAUAGCACUCAGAAGUUUCAGUAAUUCAGCUUGUGUAUUCCAGCUUGGCAGAAGAUCUAAACUGAUGCUGGGAAAUCUCAGUUAGAACAUCUUCUUGUGUUCAGAAGAAAUUAUAUAACUCCUUUAACAGAGAUAGAUUAAAAAAUAAUAAAUUUGUUAGUAAGC